AUGGCUAGGAGUACUGGCGAAUUGCAAGAAUUCUUGGAAGAGCUAGAGGAUACAUUUGAUCCUCUUACUCAGUGUGGCUGCUUGGAAAUGGAUGAUAUCAGGUGUAGAAAUUCUAUUUUAUGUACGGUACAUACAAUUGAGGAGAAACGUAGGGUCCCCCGUCAACAUGAUUUACGUUAUCUUAUGCGAGAAGCAAGGAAAAAACAACAAAUCUUAAGACAAGUACCAAACACUCCCUGUCAACAAUUUCCAUGGACUGUACAAACCUCUGGUUCGCCUAAUACAGUCAUUGACCUCACUGAUGAUGUUAGUAGUAAUGAAAGUUUCUGUGAAACUCCAGGAGUGUUAACUUAUCAAACACCUCGAGUUCCAAAUCAUUCACAGCUAUUGCGUCAUAAUACAACGCUUUCUGCAUAUGAUACACAAGGUCGGUGUCAAAUAUAUCCCAACUCACUUAACUCAAAUGGUCCUAUAGAUUUGAGAUAUGUAUCAAACAAACUGACGGCUAGAUUACAUCAACGAAAUAAAACAGUUGUCAUCGCCCAGCCAUGUGCUAUUGAUAUCAGACCACAAACAGAAUCUUUUUUGUCUUACUCACCUCAAAUCGCAUCUAUCAACUCCACUCUUGAUAUGCAUCACUUUCAAUUUAAUUCAAUGGGAUCAGGAACAACACAAACGGGAGAAUAUCUUAGUGAAUCCAACACACCCAAUAUAGUUAUGUAUCCUAAUCGUAAACAAACAUCUGGUUAUUCAUCAACCUCUUAUUCGAAUGCCAGAUUGAUAAAUGAACCUCAGUAUGCUGCUCAAAGUCAUUGUCUGUCUACCUGUCAACCUGCACAACCUUGGGCUAAUCGACUGAGCCGUUAUCCCAUUGAAGGUUCUGCCGAUACAACCAUCAAUUUGGAUAAUCUUAUCACUAGUGAAGAUUUGUGCUCAGAAGAACAUUUUGAUGAUCCUUCCCAUGAAAUAAAUUUACCUCGAAAAGUACAUGUUCCGUUUGUUGAUGAAACACCCCCUAAUUUUGGUCCUAUUACUACUUCUACAACAACAACUACUACUACUCUGUUCCCACACUUGUCAUUAAACACUCGCAAAUUACAAGAAAGUCAGAGUCGAGUUGUUGUCAAUGAUAUGCGUGAAAAAUCCAUUACUGGAAGAAGUAGGAAAACAGCUCGAACAUCAUUUCGAUCUUCAGGUUCUUCUAAUGUUCAAGGUCCUACUCUCACUAGUUUGUUACAUCUACGUUAUCAACACCAACAGCCGAAUCAACAACAAGGUCAAUUUCAGUCGAUCUCUGGACUGUUAGGCGGAGGUAAAGUUAAUCCUAGUGAACAUGUAUCAUCAAGACCCACGGUUAUUAGUAAAACUAAGCCAGUGACUUCUGCAACAGAUGUUUUCAAUUGUAAAAUAUCAUCGUCAUCAUCUACGGUUUUUGAAUCACAAGAAAAAGCGGAUAUUUUGAAUUCUGUAAAUCCUCAACUAGUCUAUUCCCCAUCUUUGAUAACACCAAACAUACCAUGCACGUAUGUUGGCUUGUCGUCGAAUUACCCUACUUCAUCAACUACUUUCAGCUCAAGACUUCCUAAUCAGGUGUUAGAUUAUUGUGUUGAUAACUCGUUAGAUACAUUUUAUGUCCCUAAUUCUUUACAGACUUGUCCAAAUACAAUACCCUCAUCCAUUUCAUCAUAUUCUUUACAUUCCAAUCCUAGACUUAAUAAUUAUGUUAUACAACGUAAUGUACAAUUAAACCAACCACAGGCUAGAACUUUGUUUGCAAAUUCAAUUAGUUCUCGAACGAAUGAAACUAGUCCCAAUUUAAUACUAUCUUCUUCCUCAUCCUCUUCUCUGUCAACGGCUACUUUAUCGAGUAAUCGUUAUUUUGUCAUUCGACCAAGUGCAAUCGCACAAACACCUAAUUUAGUGGUUUGUGCUAAACGCAGGGAUACUUAUUCCACAUCUAAUAUAAACAGAUCUUCUGAAGAUGUAUGA